UGUUUUUUAACCCCUUAUUGGUGCAAUAGCAUGUUGUCUAAAUAGUUUAUGAGCUGAUUAUGGAAGAAAGAGGAGAGGGUUACAGCUUCAAUGUAGGAGGAUGCGUUUUCUCCAUUCCUCUGAACAGACUGGACUACUUCCAGGACUCCUUACUGCUGAAAUCAGCCAGGGGACAUGGGGGCAAUUCCACACUGUUUAUUGAUCGAGAUGCAUGCGCGUUUAGACAUGUUUAUUACUGCAUAAAUACAGGAAAACUGACUUCAGAAGCUGUAUUAGAAGUGAACAUAUUGCAUGAACUUGCAACAGGUCUUCAUCUAACAGCUCUGCAGCAGGGUUUAGAAAAUCUACAGGUGACUGACUGCUCGAAGAUCUGUGUCUCUAACUUCACAACUGAGGCUGAGACCUUCGUCCAUAAGGUCAUGCCACAGGGGUUGGUGUCUGCACCUCUAGUGGCCAGUAAGGAAGAAGUGCAUUACUGCUUUGUUCUUCUGGAGCAUGUGCGCCUGCAUCCAGGCCUGAUCACCCAUGACAAUCUGCUAUGGCUUUGUGAGGAUGUAGCUGUUAUAGAAUGUAGCAGUCACCUCUUCAGGUUCAUAGCUAAUUUCCUGCAGUCUGGGAAAGUCCUACUUCCAGAGCUGUUCAGAGAACAUGAAGAAUUGUAUGACGAAGCCAGAAUGGUGGGCAUGACUGAGUUUAUAGAGAUGCUGCAGGAACCGAGUGAUUGGAAAGACGGGAGCACCUCGAGUGACUCGGAUUCAGAAGGUCAGAGGUGCUGUGCGGUGGAGCCGCUCUAUGUUCUGAGCUUGAGUCUGUUGGUCAAGUAUCCCGACUCCUCUCUUGGUCAGCUGUGUGUGGACAGCAACCUUGAAGGCAACAGACUGUACAUCAUAGGAACUGGGGUGCUCUUCCAACAUGUCGAGAACUGGUUGGGAACAUCACGUCUACCUCUGACGAGGACUGCAGAAGAGUUGCCUAGCCUAUGUGCUUAUCUGGACAGUCAAGAUGGAGUGUACCUGGCCAUCAGAGAGGCUAUGCGAGAACUCUUCCACAGGAAGGAAACCACAGGCUACAUGAGUGCUAUGUCUUGGUCCGUCUCAGUGUCCACAUUCACCCUUUAUAAAGUUGUGAAGGUUUAUGCUGGAACUCGUUGGUAUGCUACAUACUUCAAAACCCUUAUAAAGCAUCCCGAGCUCCUCGCCAAUACCAAUAAGAGUAAAUGGAUUGUCUUUGGGGAGAGCCUACUGGUUAAGGGAGACGGCCAAAUGUUCCGGCACAUUCUUAACUUCCUGAGAUGUGGCCGUUUGCUGCUGCCCCUGGACUUCAGGGAAUGGACAUUGCUGUGUCAGGAGAUUGAGGCUUUCCAGAUCCCUGCUCUGUCUAGUGCACUGCAGAACUCCCCAGACUACAGGGUCUGGUGUAAAGCUAGGACCCAACCGAGGAAUCUUUUCACGUCAUGCAAAGAUGAAGACAUCUUAAGUCUCACCAGUGAGGAAUCACCAGAGGAAUACGAGCCUCAAAGAGAAAGCCCAGAAUACAUUCUACUUUCCAGUGAAACAUCAAGUACACACUCUGAGAAUGAGGCUUCUGCUGGUGCAUCCGGAAUAACAGAAGUGCAACAUGCUGCUACUGAGAAGACGGAAACAGCAGAGAAAACAGCCACUGCAGUCUCCAGCAGCUCUUGUGCUAAUGAGGAGCCGCUGAUUAAAAAUAGGAGCAAGCUUCUACCAGUGAGCACAGCAUACAGCGGCAGCAAGGGCAUCUCGGGGGAUUGCUGGAACAGAGAAAUGGCUGUCUUAUUGCACAUACUGCGUGAGAGCAGGCAGGAGGAGGACAGUCCUCAGCUGGAACGGUUGGCUAUACUAUUGGAGUCCUCAACGGUUUCAAGAACCGAGCUCGUACAGCUGUUAUCAGAACUGUCCGAUAGAGAAACAUCUGCCCUCACAGCAACACUGGUCAAAGCCUUCUCUAACAACCGGCAGAGCUGCAAGGAACAACAGCAAAGCAGUGACACGGGCAGCGCCCAGAAGAAACACACACACAUUGAGGAGAGACUGGAACACAACACACACAUGCACAAAAAUCCAAGUAGAGAUCAGAGGGUAUCUAUAAGAGGGAGUGUGUUUCCCAUGCCUGUGUAUGGUUGUGUGUUAACGGUGGAACAUCCAGCAGUGCUGGGGAGAGGAGAGGCAGCGGGAUACUUCACCCACAGUGUCAUCUACACAGACGAACAGCCUCAGUUGAUGCAGUCUGCCAAGAAAGAAGGCGAUGAUGUUGCAUUCGCAUACUUCAGUAUGUCUUAUGAAGAGAUGGUAUACGCUCGUGAGUGUCAUGCCUUUCUCACCGGCACGAUCUUAGACUCUAGAAGACUCGAGCCAAAGGACUGCAUAGUCAAGCUGGUCCAUCAUCUCUGGACAGGUCACAUGGGAGUGGACAGCUUUGUGCAAGAGCUUUUGACCGCAAUCAGAGUCAGGCCACAUAAAAAACUGGAAAAGCAGGAGAAGCUGUUGCAGUGGGUCAAGUUCACUCUACCACUGGCAAAGACAUACACAGAGUGUGUACGAGAGUUACUGAGGAAGACUUCCCUCCACACAGUCAGCCGGGUUUCUCCAGACAUGCUGGAAGUCACAAUAUCAACACAAAAGUGUAAAUGGGUCAAGCAGCGACCAGUGGCCAUUGAGUUCCUCGACAUGCUGACCGCUCUGCAUGAACACACCGAUCCUGGAACAGGUCUGACCAUCAUAAAGCUGGAGCAGCUGGAAACAAGCUAG